GGGCGGGGCUUCUUCCUGGCUGGGCCUGCGCAGAGCCUCUCUCGCCGCCAUUGUUUUCUGAGGCGCUUCCUCUGGAGCCGCGAAGGAGGAGAGAGAGAGAGAGAGAGAGAGAGAGAGAGAGGGAGAGGGAAAUGAAGACCCUAUGAAGUCACCACAGGCAUGAAAAGAAAUUAUCAGUAUCUAGUAUAGAUUUAGGAAUUUGGAAACCAAAGGGCAAUAAUGAAAGAAAUCCUGCGGGAAGAAGAAAUCCUCUCUAGGUGCCAAUCUUGUGAAACUCAAUUUUGAUCAGAAAGAAAAAGGGAACAUUCACGUGUUUAUAUCGCAGUCAAUCAUAACUGUCAACAUGGAGGAGAAACCCUUUACAUGUCUUGAGUGUGGAAAGAGCUUCAGUAGGAGGAGCCAUCUGCUACGGCAUGAAAGGACUCACACUGGGGAGAAACCCUUUGAAUGUCUGGAGUGUGGACAGAGCUUCACUCAUAGUUCACAUCUACGUUCACAUCAAAGAACUCACACUGGGGAAAAACCCUAUAUAUGCCUGGAGUGUGGACAGACCUUCGCUCGUAGUUCAGGCCUACGUUCACAUCAAAGGACUCACACUGGGGAGAAACCCUUUGAAUGUCUGGAGUGUGGACAGAGCUUCACUCAUAGUUCAGGACUACGUCAACAUCAAAGGACUCACACUGGGGAGAAACCCUUUGAAUGUCUGGAGUGUGGACAGAGCUUCACUCAGAGUUCAGGACUACGUCAACAUCAAAGGACUCACACUGGGGAGAAACCUUAUACAUGCCCAGAGUGCGGAAAGAGUUUCACUCAAAGUUCAGGCCUACGUUCACAUCAAAGGACUCACACUGGGGAGAAACCCUAUAAAUGCCUGGAGUGCAGACAGAGCUUCACUCAUAGUUCACAUCUACGUUCACAUCAGUGGACUCACACUGGAGAGAAACCCUAUAAAUGCCUGGAGUGUGGACAGAGCUUCACGCAUAGUUCACUUCUACGUUCACAUCAAAGCACUCACACUGGGGAGAACCCCUAUACAUGUCUGGAGUGUGGACAGACCUUCACUCGU